AUGGCGCCACAGGCCUUAGUUCUGCUCCUGUGGGGCGCCGCCUCCGUGUUGAUGACGGCGGCGUUGACAUCAAGUGCCGCCGUGGCAGAGGGGCCGCAGAUGACGGCGGAGCAGCACCACCGCACUUCAGAGCGUGUGAUUGAGCACCAUUCCUUUUCUCCGCCGCUCUUGCGCGAUUACUACGGCGAGGAAGAGAUACGGCAUUGGUCUAUUGGCGGCACCACCGUCAUCACGGACCACUACGUUCGCCUGACAGGGGACCGCAGAGGGCAGGCUGGGCAUCUCUGGAACACAGAGCCGCUGGACAUGUCCUCUUUCGAGAUCGUCGUCGGGUUUCACAUUCACGGCAAAAGCGCCGGCGCCGACGGCUUUGCGUUGUGGAUCACGAAGGACAAGCCGAGCCACAACGGCCCUAUAAUGGGUAGUCCGAUGGACUUCACCGGCCUGGGCAUCAUCUUUGACACGUACGACAACGACGGCCUCCGCGACAACCCGGCGGUCUACGUGCUGUUCAACGGCGAGGGUGCGGGGAAGCGGCUGUACAGCCCACAGAAAGACUUCAGGGGAGAGCAUGUAGGGAGUUGCCGAUUCGCUUUCCGUCAGACCUCGCCGCUGCUCUCCACGGCGCGCAUCCGGUACGAACGGGACGUCCUGACCAUCUAUCUAUCCCACAAUGGCGAGAAGGAGGAGACGCUCUGCACCACCGUCACCGACCUUCACCUCAAGGCGGAUAAGAACGAGUACUACAUUGGGCUGAGCGCCGAGACGGGCGACGUCACUGACAAUCACGACAUCGUUUUUGUCCACACGAUGCCGCUCGAGGGUGUAACGUACGACCACGAUGUGUACGCCAGAACGACACCCAUAGAGGAGGGGGAAAGACACAGGUUGACACCACGCGCCGGAGAACUUCGCGAGCAACUGCAAGAGUUUCUUAAGCAACAGCAACAGCGGAAUCAGCAGCCUCAACAGGAGCAACAGCCUCCACAGGAGCAGCAGCAGCAACAACAACAGCCUCCACAGCAGCAACAGCCUUCACAGCAACAGGAGCAGGAGCAGGAGCAGCAGCAACAGCAACAGCAACAGCCUCCACAGGAGCAGCAACAGCCUUCACAGGAGCAGCAACAGCCUCCACAGGAGCAGCGACAGCCUCCACAGCAACAGCAACAGCAACAGCAGCCCUCACAGCAGCAGCAGUCUUUUGCCACGGGUGAGGAACGUUUGAGGGAGUUGCAGCGGGAACUGGACGAACUGAAGCGCCAACAACGUCCAGCGCGUCGGGAGCGUUACCGUGAAGAGGACGAGGGAUACGACGAGGAGGUGGAGGAGGGGGACGAUGACCGGAAUGCGGGGGACUACGCAGACGACGGUGAGGCCGACGACACGCGGCGCCGAGCACCGCGUCGGCGGUCCAAAUUUGUGCGGUCUUCCCGCAGACGUCGGCCGAAGAAUUAG